AUGGAAUUUGGAAUUUGGGGUUGGGUUGGGUGGGGGCCUGGGCUAGCUUUUGUGCAUAUUUCUUUUGGAACCCUUGGACCACAGACCCCUCUAUUUAUAUCAACCCCUUCUUGCCUCUCCUUUCAAACAUACCAAAACCAAGGUGCUACAAGUCUCUGUAUGUUAAGGCAAGCUAUAGGAGGAGAAGAAAAGCAAGAGAGAUAUAUGAAGCUUAACAGUGCAGCCAUGGCAGCUGAUCAGUCCAACAAGAGGAGCAAUAGGGUUUCAUGCAGAAGGCUUGGAGGGUAUCUUAGACAGCAGAAAGGGAGGCUCUACAUCAUUAGGAGAUGUGUGGUUAUGCUUCUCUGUUGGCAUGACUAA